UAUAAAAGAAAUUCAUAUUAUAUUAUAAAUAAAAAAUUAUAAUGUUAUGUAAAUUUUUGUAAAAAUACAUUACAUAACGAAAAUAAAUAUUUUUUCAUAUUAUUACUGCAUAUUUAUAACAUUUAAUCAUGACUGAUACAUCAGAAGUAAAACAUGAAGAAAAGUUAACACAAAAAAGACCUCAGUUUGGAAACCGCGUUUUAUCAAAUGAUGAUGACGUGUUUUGUCAUAAUGCAUGGGAUAAUGUUGUUUGGAAUAAGGAACAGGAAGAAUUAGCCCAAAUCAAAGUAAAUGAUAAUUCCAUUGUUACAUUAUCAAUGGAAACAUUAUUGAAAUAUGAGAAUGAAGCUGAUAAAUAUUGGAACAAAUUUUAUGGAAUUCACAAUAAUAGAUUUUUUAAAGAUAGACAUUGGUUGCUCACAGAAUUUCCAGAAUUAGCUCCUGACACAGUAAAACAGAACCAUAUGCAACCAAUGAGAGCUAUUGUCACAAAUGAUCAUAAUAGCGAUGAAGAUACAUAUACACAUGUUCUUAAUACACCAUGUAUAGCUUCAAAUAAAAUCUUAGAAAUUGGUUGUGGUGUAGGAAAUACAGUAUUUCCAAUACUUUUAUAUAAUACAGAUCCAAACUUGUUUGUGUAUUGUUGUGAUUUCUCUACAAAAGCAAUUGAUAUAUUACAACAGAAUCCGGCUUAUGAUACAACAAGAUGCAAAGCAUUUGUUCUUGAUGUAACCCAAGAAGAAUGGAUAGUACCAUUUGAACCUGAAAGUCUUUACAUAAUUGUCCUAAUAUUUGUUCUUUCAGCUAUACAUCCAGAUAAGAUGAAACAUGUUAUUAAAAAAAUAAAUCUCUAUUUAAAACCUGGAGGAUUAGUUCUGUUUAGAGAUUAUGGAAGAUAUGAUUUAACACAAUUGAGAUUUAAGAAAGGUAGUUGUUUAUCAGAAAAUUUUUAUGUUCGUGGAGACGGUACUAGAGUAUACUUUUUUACACAAGGUGAUGUAAGAACAUUAUUUACUAGUAAUGGUUUCAUUGAAGAGCAAAAUUUAGUCGACAGGAGAUUACAAGUAAAUCGAGGAAAACAACUAAAAAUGUAUAGAGUUUGGGUUCAAGGAAAAUACCGUAAAAAAUAUAUUGAUGAUAUAGGAUACAGAGAUAUAGAAUAAGCCAGAAAUAAUAUUUUAUCUAUUUUUAUUAAAGUUUAUAUUCGACAUAAUUUAACAAUAAUUUAAGUAACAUCAGAAAGUAAUUAAACAAUAAAAAUAACAUCAUAAUAAAAAA